AUGUCGCUGGCAGCAGCAGCUUCUACGGGUGCAAGCGAAACCCAGAUGCCAGGCGCAUUUGUAGGAGGAACCGGCACAGCAGCCACCGAGGGACCCGCACAUACCUCGCUUGACCGCGAGCGGCAAAGCGGCGACGGCUACCUUUACAGCGCCAGCAGCCGCGUCAUGAACAGGACGAAGAUUGUGUUUUUGGUGCAGUCGGGUGACAGGGCCGAACGCGAGUUUGACCUCGGCGAUACUGUGAUUCAGGUCAAGCAGAGUCUGCUGGCCAACUGGCCGGAAAACUUUGCCAUCAAACCAACAGAUACAUCAGACUUGCGAAUACUGUACCGGGGUCACUUUUUGGAUGACAAGGACACUCUUUCGGACAGUAAAUUGCACAAGUCAAACACAGUUGUGCACCUGACAGUCAAGCCCCCAAACAACCAGAAUAAAACAGCAAAGAAGGACAUUGACAAGGCGCCAAAAUGCGCAUGCAUCAUAUUGUAA